AUGGGUCCUUCUGCAAAUCCAGCCCUCUGCUCAGGUCUGAGGAAGACUGUAGAUGUGACACCACCUUUUGGAUUUUCCUCUGUAGACCUUGGCCAUGAGGAGCUGCACACGACAGUUUUGCCCUUUAUAUUAAUCGAGAUGAGGACAUCGCACCAUCAGUAUCCCAGCAGGAGCAGCGGACUCGCCGCCAUAUGCACCUUCUCUGUUGGCUAUAUAUUAUGGGUGUGCUGGGUGCAUCAUGUCACCGGUAUGUGGGUGUACCCUUUCCUGGAACACAUUGGCCCAGGAGCCAGAAUCCUCUUCUUUGGGUCUACAACUAUCUUAAUGAACUUUCUGUACCUGCUGGGAGAAGUUCUGAACAACUAUAUCUGGGAUACACAGAGAAGUAUGGAAGAAGAGAAAGAAAGGCCUAAACUGGAAUGAGAUCCAAGUCUAAACAGAAGAGCCGGAUUGAGCUGCCACUGAAUACUCAUUACACCCCUCCCCAGCAUCGGCAGUGCAGGAGAGAAAGCUUCAAAGAAGCAGGGGCAUUAGCACACCUCCCUACCCCGUGGGAAGACACCUUUUACAUAUAAAUAUGUAUAAAAAUAGAAUACAGUUGUUUCCAAAAGAACUCACCUUCAUCUUGUUUUAAAGAAUUCUUCCCAAAUUCAUUAUUGAUAAUAAUACUUUUUUGCCUUUCUAGUUUUAAAACAAAAAUUGGUCAUUGGAUUUUUAUUUUUACAAUUAUAACUCCAUCUAAUCAAGAAAAAAUACAAUUCUAUUGUGCUUC